CCAAACAGAACUACCAAACAGAAGAAGGUCCACACGAAAGGUUCACCAGUACGGAGGAAAACAUGACUAGAUCUACGUUAUUUACACUAAUUACCGCCUUUAUACUAUUCUCAACUCAUAUUCAUACAAUUUCUGCUUUAUUUGAUGGGCCUCCAGUGGUAUUAAUUCCUGGUGAUGGUGGUUGUCAGUUGCAGGCAACUCUGAACAGGACAGCUACUCUUCAUCCAUACAUCUGCCAAAAAACAAGUGGCCUUUUCACCUUAUGGCUCAACCUUGAUGAGUUUGUGCCCUACUACUUUGACUGUUUCAUUGAUAAUAUGAAACUAGUCUAUGAUCCAGCCACAAGAACAAGCCGAGAUAGUGAGGGUGUUCAUGUGUACAUACCUGGUUUUGGAAAUACAAGCACUGUGGAGUGGUUAGACCCAAGCAAGAGUUCAUUUGGUUCAUACUACACUCAUCUAGUGGAUGCCUUGGUUGCUGUUGGUUAUGAAAGAAAUGUCAAUAUACGUGGAGCUCCUUAUGACUUCCGGAAAGCCCCCAAUGAAGGCGGCUCAUAUUUCUGGCAGUUACAGCACUUAGUAGAAGAAACAUAUCAGAAGAAUGGACAUGAACCUGUUGUACUUGUAUCACACAGUCUAGGAUGUCUCUAUGCGCUGUACUUCCUCAACCAGCAGCCCACAUCAUGGAAGAACCGAUUCAUCAGGGCAUGGGUUCCAAUCUCGGGACCCUACGCCGGUACCACCAAAGUCAUGCGAGUUGUCACGUCAGGUGAUAAUCUGAAUGAAUAUGUGAUAUCAGCCUUGACUGCUCGCAAUGCUCAGCGUUCCUACCCCAGCUCAGUCUUCCUCUUCCCUAAUACAGACUAUUGGAGCCCAGAAGAAAUCAUCAUUACUACACCCAAAGCUAACUACACAACAAGAAACUACACACAGCUAUUCAAAGAUUUGAAUUAUACUAUAGGAUUAGAUCUCCUUCAAGAUACUCAAGGGCUUGUGAAGGAUAUCAAAGCACCAGAUGUUCCUGUAUUUCCUGUGUAUGGUGUGGAGGUACCUACUGAAGCUAACUACACAUACCCAGGAAAUUCAUUUCCUGACACGCAACCAACAAUAUCAAUGGGCUUAGGGGAUGGAACAGUUAAUCUACGCAGCCUUAGAGCAUAUAGGAAAUGGCGUAAUGAGCAGUACUCACCUGUGAGGGAGUAUGAAGUGAAAGGCCCAACAGGAGAACAUUCUGCUAUCCUAGCUGAGAAGUCAGUCUUCAGGUUUAUCAUCAAUGAAGUCUUAUUCCCAUUCAUCAAGCUCAAUUCUACAACUUCCAAGAAAAGGAGCAAACUCAGUCCCAGGAAAAGUCCAAAGCUAACAUGAUCAUGAAGGGAAGUUUUCAUUGCAGCUAUUUGUGAUAUGUCUUCUUUCUGUCAUCUAGGUAUUCAUAAUUCCGGUAAAAUAACAAACAACAAUUAACAACAACAGCAACAACAAAAACAACAGUUACUGCAGUCAAUAAUAUUGAUUAAUAAUACCGCUAGUGAAUUACACCUCUAUAGCAUUUUAUACUAAGUUAUUGUCUUAAAUUAUACAAAGUUGUAAUUAUAGUAUUACAUGUACAUGCAAUAUUGAAAUUACUAUCAGGCUUAAUUAAUGACAUUUUAAGCUUUGUAUAACAAUUAUAAUACAAGUGAUAUAAUUCUUCAAGAAUUCAACAAACUCACUGGAUGAGGAAAAAAAGGAUUUGCAAACUGAAUGUGAUAAUAAAGUGAAUAACACAUGAAUUAUACAUGUAAGUAAGGCCCAUCACAAGAAUGUGUAGUCCCAGAUAUGGUGAUACAAUAUUCAGCAUGUCUUUUUUUUUCUUCUAAAUUUGGUUACAUUUUGUGGUCCAAAUGACGACAUUCAUUGCCUGAUGGACAAAUUCAUGAUAAUUUCAGGAUAUUUUCCCCUCAGAAUACAGCAUUAUUAGCAAAACUCAAGGUUAGCCUUAUAUCAACGCAGUUGAGUUUCUGAAGAUUAUUUAUUGCACCAUAUAUGAGUUCUCCUUCUAGAAGAAAAAAAUGGCCAGUAUCACACUGAAAUGGAAUUGGUUAUUACUAGAGUUUGAAUUUAUGAUGUUAUUUCAUUUGGACCCUGUCUUAUGCCAUAUCCAUAUUUCAGAAUCCACAGCUUUUGUGUAUUUCUUCUGCAGGUAUUUUCUUGUGCAGGCAAGAUUGAUUUCAGAGUGUGGUGCUUACAUUUAUGUACAGGAGCUUUGACCCAAACUCUUUUAAGUUAUUUUCAUCUUUGUUUUUUAAUAUUUUAGUUUUUCUCAUAAGUAGUAAUGAGCUUCUGAAAUUGUAUCAUUCGCCUGGUAAUGACAAGGAAAUACAUUGUUAUGAUGUUGCAGUAACCCAUGUUA